CAGAGCCACACUGCUCAGCUUCACACCCAACAGCAGCCCUGCACACACCGCUGAAGCUCAUCUCUACAACUCAGCUUCCUUCAGAGAGACAAACCAUGGACAGAAGAACCUCAGCUGCCAUCUUCCUGCUCCUGCUGGCCGUCCUCAGCACUGAUGGGAUGAGUCUGAGGGGACUGGGACUGGAUCUGCGCUGUCGCUGCAUCGAGACGGAGAGCCGGAAGAUCGGGAAGCUCAUCGAGAGCGUGGAGCUCUUCCCUCCCAGCUCACACUGCAAAGACACCGAGAUCAUUGCUACGCUGAAAGGGACCGGUAAAGAGAUCUGUCUGGACACCACUGCUCCCUGGGUCAAGAAGGUCAUUGAAAAAAUCCUGGCCAACCAGAAGCCCUGAGGGGCGUUUCAGCUGCGUUCUGCGCUUCCAGCACAGAUUACAGCUUUGGGACAAAGCGG